UGCAAGCAACAGCAGAGAGCGGCUCCGAGUCCGCAGCUGGGAGUCGCGCCCGGACGCAACGCGCCCGCAGUGCCCGCUGCGCCCGGGCUGGCAUGGGGAGGCCCGGCUGAGCGCCGCACCCCGCCGCCGCCGAGACCCGCCUGCUCCUCAACCGCGGCCCUCGCGCGCACGGGCGAUGGCGAAAGCGACGUCCGGCGCCGCAGGGCUGGGGCUGAAGCUGAUUUUGCUCCUGCCGCUGCUAGGAGAAGCCCCACUGGGCCUCUACUUCUCAAGGGAUGCUUACUGGGAGAGGCUGUAUGUGGACCAGCCAGCUGGCACACCUCUGCUCUAUGUCCAUGCCCUACGGGAUGCCCCUGGAGAAGUGCCGAGCUUCCGCCUGGGCCAGCAUCUCUAUGGCGUCUACCGUACACGGCUGCAUGAGAAUGACUGGAUCCGUAUCAAUGAGACUACUGGCCUUCUCUACCUCAAUCAGAGCCUGGACCACAGUUCCUGGGAACAGCUCAGCAUCCGCAAUGGUGGUUUCCCCCUGCUCACCAUCUUCCUCCAGGUCUUCCUGGGGUCCACAGCCCAGAGAGAGGGAGAAUGCCAUUGGCCAGGCUGUACCCGUGUGUACUUCUCCUUCAUCAACGACACCUUCCCAAAUUGUAGCUCCUUCAAAGCCCAGGAUCUCUGCAUCCCAGAGACAGCUGUGUCCUUCCGAAUCAGGGAGAACAGGCCUCCUGGCACCUUCUACCACUUCCACAUGUUACCCGUUCAGUUCCUUUGUCCCAACAUCAGUGUGAAGUACAAUCUCUUAGAAGGGGACAGUCUGCCCUUCCGUUGUGACGCAGACUGCCUGGAGGUGAGCACUCGCUGGGCCCUGGAUAGAGAGCUCCGGGAGAAGUAUGUGCUGGAGGCUGCGUGCACAGUGGCAGGCCUUAGUGCCAACAAAGANACGGUGACUGUGUCCUUCCCGGUGACAGUGUACGACGAGGACGACUCGGCACCCACCUUCUCUGGAGGUGUGGGCACUGCCAGCGCUGUAGUGGAGUUUAAGCGAAAGGAGGUUGAGCUGAUUCUCAACAGGAGCCUGUCUAUCUCAGAGAGCCGAGUCCUGCAGCUUGCGGUCCUGGUCAAUGACUCAGACUUCCAGGGGCCUGGGGCAGGUGGUAUCCUCGUCCUCCAUUUCAAUGUGUCUGUGCUGCCUGUCACCCUGAACCUACCCAGGACCUACUCCUUCCCGGUGAAUAAGAGGGCCCGCCGUUAUGCCCAGAUNGGGAAAGUUUGUGUGGAAAACUGCCAGGAGUUCAGCGGUGUCUCCAUCCAGUACAAGCUGCAGCCUUCCAGCACCAACUGCACUGCCCUAGGUGUGGUCACCUCGCCCGAGGACACCUCGGGGACCCUAUUUGUAAAUGACACAGAGGCCCUGCGGCGACCUGAGUGCACCAAGCUUCAGUACACGGUGGUAGCCACUGACCGGCAGACCCGCAAACAGACCCAGGCUUCACUAGUGGUCAUGGUGGAGGGGACAUCCAUUGCUGAAGAAGUAGGCUGCCCCAAGUCCUGUGCAGUAAACAAGAGGCGCCCCGAGUGUGAGGAAUGUGGUGGCCUGGGUUCUCCAACUGGCAGGUGCGAGUGGCGCCAGGGAGAUGGUAAAGGGAUCACCAGGAACUUCUCCACCUGCUCCCCCAGUACCAGGACCUGCCCCGACGGCCACUGUGAUGCUGUGGAGAGCCGGGAUGCCAACAUUUGCCCCCAGGACUGUCUCCGUGCCGACAUUGUUGGGGGGCACGAGCGAGGGGAGCGCCAGGGCAUUAAAGCUGGCUACGGCAUCUGCAACUGUUUCCCUGAUGAGAAGAAAUGCUUCUGUGAGCCAGAGGACAGCCAGGGCCCACUGUGUGAUGUGAUGUGCCGCACGAUCAUCAUAAUUGCCCUCUUCCUUUUCUUCAUCCUGCUGUCCAUCUUAUGCAUCUGCCACCACCACAAGCAAGGGCACAAGCCGCCCAUUGCAUCAGCGGAAAUGACCUUCUGCCGGCCGGCCCAGGGCUUCCCAAUCAGCUACUCCUCCUCAGGCACCCGCCGGCCCUCACUGGAUUCCAUGGAGAACCAGGUUUCUGUGGACUCUUUCAAGAUCCCGGAGGAUCCAAAGUGGGAAUUUCCUCGGAAGAACUUAGUUCUUGGGAAAACCCUAGGAGAAGGCGAGUUUGGAAAAGUCGUCAAGGCCACAGCCUUCCGUCUGAAAGGCCGGGCAGGAUACACCACAGUGGCUGUGAAAAUGCUGAAAGAAAACGCCUCCCAGAGUGAGUUACGAGACCUGCUGUCUGAGUUCAACCUUCUGAAACAAGUCAACCAUCCACAUGUCAUCAAGUUGUAUGGGGCCUGCAGCCAGGAUGGGCCACUUCUUCUCAUUGUGGAGUAUGCCAAGUAUGGCUCCCUGCGGGGAUUCCUCCGUGACAGCCGCAAGAUUGGACCUGCCUACGUGAGCGGUGGAGGCAGCCGCAACUCCAGCUCGCUGGACCACCCAGAUGAAAGGGUACUGACCAUGGGUGACCUCAUCUCCUUCGCCUGGCAGAUCUCGAGGGGUAUGCAGUACUUGGCAGAAAUGAAGCUCGUACAUCGGGACUUAGCUGCCAGGAACAUCUUGGUGGCUGAGGGACGGAAGAUGAAGAUUUCUGACUUUGGGCUGUCCAGAGAUGUUUAUGAGGAAGAUUCCUAUGUGAAGAAAAGCAAGGAGUCUCACUGGGGUCUCUGGGUAAAACUGGGCGAGGAGAUGCAUGUCAUGGGUCUUGAGAAUUUCUCCAAGUCCAAGCAUCAUGUGGACAUCCGAUUCACUGACGACGAUUUGUUCCCAUGCCUGGGAGGCAACCCUUACCCUGGAAUUCCUCCUGAACGACUCUUCAACCUUCUGAAGACAGGCCACAGGAUGGAGAGGCCAGACAACUGCAGCGAGGAAAUGUACCGCCUGAUGCUGCAGUGCUGGAAGCAGGAGCCAGACAAGAGGCCAGUGUUUGCUGACAUCAGCAAGGAUCUGGAGAAGAUGAUGGUCAAGAGCAGAGACUACUUGGACCUGGCUGCAUCCACCCCUUCGGACUCCCUGCUGUAUGACGAUGGGCUCUCAGAAGAGGAGACACCCCUGGUGGACUGUAACAAUGNUCCCCUCCCGCGCUCCCUCCCUUCCACAUGGAUUGAAAACAAACUCUAUGGCAUGUCAGACCCGAACUGGCCUGGAGAGAGUCCUGUACCACUCACGAGAGCCGAUGGCACUAGCACUGGGUUCCCAAGAUAUGCAAAUGAUAGUGUAUAUGCUAACUGGAUGGUUUCACCCUCAGCGGCAAAAUUAAUGGACACAUUUGAUAGCUAACAUUCCUUUGUGAACGGUAAUGGACUCCCAAGGGGGAAGAAACAUGCCAAGAGCAUCAAGUCCACCGACCCCUUUGUGUACAUCAUACUGGCCAAGACCAGCCUUAGGUGGCAGACUUGUUUUCUGUAGUUUGUUUUAGCUGGUUUCCAAAUGGUUUUACUUCAAAUAGCUGGCGGUCCUCCCUCCUGGUGGUCUGCCCUCCUAGCAUACCUGCCCCAUUGGGUGGGUGCUCUGAGUCUCUGGUUAGAUCCCCUUUCCNUUUAGCAUUGGGUAGUACCUCUGUUGGUCUGCUCAUCACUAGCCACCACGAGCUCUGUGUCCACAUGUGUGGGGUCUGCCAUUCAUGACUUGGAUGAGAAAUUGUACCUGAACUGUCUGAUUUUCCUGGUUGAUAAAAACCUACCACGUCCCCAAAAACUGUUUUAACAUGAAGCACACAUACAAACAACAUUGGUUGAAAAACCUGGCCAGAACGACCUGUCCUUGUCUAGAAUGAAAGCCUAGCAUAGGACUGGGUAGUUGCAUCCAACCAGGUCCACUAGGGCUAGAGGGGAGAAGGGAGCUUCCGGGCUGUCCUCGGCUCAGUAUGUGACAUCCUGAAUAUAGAUUUUUGGGUUUUUUAGCCAUGUAGCCUUUUCUUAGGAAAAUGUUUUGUUUCUGUCAUGGUUAAAUGGCUCUUAGAAUUAGCACAAUGGAGAGAUUUGGUGUUGCCUUUGCUAUAUACAAGGCAACUGGAAAGAAGUGACCCCACAAGACAUAGUCCCCCUGUUGAAGCCCUCGGCAACAUUCACACUGCGUGACUCCGACUCGCUGACCAGAACAGGGUGAAGAAGCGGGGCAUUUGGAGUAGAGUGGCCUUCAGGCCCAGUAUUGCUGUCAUCAGAGGCCUUGAGCCACAAAUUCUGCACCCCCAGCACGCCAGUCUGCAGUACACCCUACCCACCAAAGAGUGUGUCCACCCUCUGCUUGGNGACAGGUGGGUCUGUCUUGUUUUAAUCCCUGGCUUGUCAGCUCAUGCCCAAAGGGAAGGACAGUUCAUCUAGUUGCAUUAGACGUUUCCCUGACACUGACUGAGGUGAGAGAACAAGGUUUUGGCUCUUAUAGAGCUUGUGUGAAGGGCACAUGGAUCAGCUCUACCGGCCGUCCUUUAUGCUGCUAUGGUACGUGUUUUGGUCUCUGUUCUAACCACGACUCACGUGUAAGGUUCUUGUCUUUCUGUAUGGGCGGUUGUAGCCACAGACACUCGGCACUCCUCUAGGGUUUUAGGGGUGGCUCUUGGAAGUUUCUUUGGCUGUCUGUGGACUGUCACUUNCCAUGAAAAGGUCACAUUACCAAAACACUGCCUGGUCUUCAGACUUGAAGCACUGUGAUAGGACUUUAAAUAGUNAUAAUAAAAUACUAUAUCUUUAUGGGCAUUUCACAAACACAGUAAAAUUGUGACAUUUUAUGUGGCUGAGAAUGCUCAGAUAUGUAUACCAGAUAGAGCCUUAUGGAGUGUGUGUGAUAUUUGUGUGCACACAUAGCCAGACAGACAGAAAGAUGAAAAAUGCUUAUUUUAACAUAUAAUAUGGCUUUAGUUUUGGGCCAUUUUUUUUCAGAUACACUGUGAUAAAGUUUUUUAUAUAAAUAUCUCUAGUCAUGGGACCCAUUUUGUUUUCUCAGAUGUGUUUAAUGGUAGUUUUAUUAAGUGCAAAAAUACGGAUGAAUUCAAAUUAUUCAACAUGCCUACANGGUAAGUGUGACUUGCUAGAGCAGGUUAGCUCUCAAGGGCUGAACUCCAAGUCUAAAUAGCUGGCCCAUCUGUGAGGAAUUAACACUUGACUAAUAACCAUUGUCUGUCUAUUCCUAAGAUAUAAAAGCACCCAUACUUGUUAAAGUACNUAUACUUGUUAGCACUAUCAGACAGAUUUUUCAUCUACAUAUAUGCAGAAGUUACCCCUUAUUAAAUAUUACUGAGUAUUAAGUAGCAAUCUGUCAGCCACUAAAAUUUGUAAGAUNUAUUUAAGAAAGGCCNUUAAACCAUACCNUGUUGACUUGUUUUUGUAAUCAAGGUGACUAAGGAAAUAAUUUCAGUUGUGUAAAUAAAAUAAACCAUAA